GGGGGGCCCCGCCGUCCUCCCGGUGGGCCUGGGAAGGGGUCCACGGCUCGGGUCUCGCGGGGCUCCGGAGCCCGUAAGAGGAGGCGCUGGAAGCCGCCCGGCGUCCCCGUCUCGACAUGGACACCAAGAAGCGCCUGGCCUACGCCAUCAUCCAGUUCCUGCACGAGCAGCUGCGGCACGGCGGGCUCUCGUCCGACGCCCAGGAGAGCUUGGAAGUCGCCAUCCAGUGCCUGGAGACGGCCUUCGGGGUCACGGUGGACGACAGCGACCUGGCGCUGCCCCAGACGCUGCCGGAAAUCUUCGAAGCAGCCGCCACCGGCAAGCAGGAGACGCAGCCCGACCUGAGGAGCCCCGAGCGGACCCCGCCCUCGGAGGAGGACUAUGCCGAGGCAGAGCGCCUCAAAACCGAAGGGAACGAGCAGAUGAAGGUGGAGAACUUUGAAGCCGCCGUGCACUUCUACGGCAAAGCCAUCGAGCUGAACCCGGCCAACGCCGUCUACUUCUGCAACAGAGCCGCAGCCUACAGUAAGCUGGGCAACUACGCAGGCGCCGUGCAGGACUGCGAGCGCGCGAUCGGCAUAGACCCGUCCUACAGCAAAGCCUACGGCCGCAUGGGCCUGGCGCUGUCCAGCUUGAACAAGCACGCGGAGGCCGUGGCCUACUACAAGAAGGCCUUGGAGCUGGACCCCGACAACGAGACGUACAAGUCCAACCUCAAGAUCGCUGAGCUGAAGCUGCGGGAGGCCCCGAGCCCGAGCGGCGGCGUGGGCAGCUUCGACAUCGCCGGCCUGCUGAGCAACCCCGGCUUCAUCAGCAUGGCGUCGAACCUGAUGAACAACCCCCAGCUGCAGCAGCUCAUGUCCGGGAUGAUCUCGGGCGGCCACAACCCCCUGGGCACCCCCGGCACCAGCCCCUCGCAGAACGACCUGGCCAGCCUCAUCCAGGCCGGCCAGCAGUUCGCGCAGCAGAUGCAGCAGCAGAACCCCGAGCUCAUCGAGCAGCUGCGCAGCCAGAUGAGGAGCCGGACGCCGAGCGCCAGCAACGACGAGCAGCAGGAGUGAGGCCGCCCCGCGCCCGCCCGCCCUCCCGUGGCCGGGCAGCCGCGUGUUGCCGUCUUGCCGGACUGCCCGAGAGAGCAGGAAGUCGGACCCGCAUGCGCAGAUGGAUCGUGUUCCCUGCCCCCCCUUGUCCUCCGAAGCGAAGCCCCCAGACCCUCCCAGAGAGAAGAGCCAGCAAGUUGAGUCCAGACCAGCACCGCCCCCUCCGCCCGGAAGCCUCCGCCCGCUGCUCUGGGGGGGCACCUGUGGCUUUGGGCGCUUCCUCUGCGGCCCCGCCCACCCUCAGCCUUCGAGAACUUUCUCUCCGAAGAGGCGGCGUCUGGGAGCGGCCCGCGGCCGUGGCUGCCCCGUGGCUGCGCCGUGGGCGGGCGUCUGCCCUCCGCGCCUCGCCCUGACCGCCUCGCGGCCACAGCUGCGGGCCGCUGCGCUGGCCUCCGGGCCGUGGACAGGCCCCGCGCGCGGCCGGCCGCUGCCCCACAACCGCCCACCUUGGCCGCGACUGCUCGGGGCCGGGACGGCCGUGGAGGCCCCAGGAGGCCCCGGGCAGUGUGGGGCUCGGCCGCGCGGGUCCCAGGUAGCCAGUGGGGGACAGGGUGCUGCCAGCCACGCGUGGAAUAAACACACCGUGACCUCUG